AAAGGCGGUGGUGGUGGUGGUGGCUCCAAUUAGGGUUUCCUCUAGGGUUUCGAUUUCCUCUUCUCUUCUCUUCUCUUCUCUUUGUUUACUCAUCCAUCCCCUUUCCUCCUCCGCCGAGCAUCGCUAGCUUCAGAUCCCAAAUCACUCACCCAUGGCGGAGCAAGAGCAGCAGCAGCAGCAGGAGCAGCUGGAUCACCAAUCAAGAUCCACUGGCAAGGUCUCGUGGUUUGGCGAUUCAAAGGGGUAUGGCUUCAUAAGCCCCGAUGAUGGAGGUGAGGAUCUCUUUGUCCAUCAAUCCUCCAUUAAAUCUGACGGCUAUCGUAGCCUGACUGUUGGGGAGUCUGUGGAGUUCACAGUCUCUAUUGGUAACGGCGGGAAAACCCAGGCUGUUGAUGUUACCGCGAUCGGCGGCUCUCCCAUCAACAAGAGGGACCGUCGUGGUGGUGGUGGUGGUGGUGGUGGUUGGCGAGGCGGCAACGAUAGGAGGAAUGCCCCAGGGUGUUAUAACUGUGGGGAUUUGGAUCAUCUGGCUAGGGAUUGCGACAUGGUGAGGUACAACAGCGACAGAAGCAAGAAAAAUAACAGUGAUUUUAACAAUAAUGGGGGAGGUGAUGAUGCUUGUUAUAAUUGUGGUGGGUUUGGUCAUUUUGCUCGGGACUGUAGGAGAGAUAACAAUGCUGCUGGUGGAGCUGGGAAGUGUUAUAAUUGUGGGAAGUUUGGGCACUUUGCGAGGGACUGCAACAGUAGGGUAGCAGCUGGUGGUGGUGGUGGUGGUGGUGGUGCCUGCUAUGUCUGUGGGAAUGUUGGGCAUUUAGCAAGGGAUUGCAACAGUAGCAGGGGAAGCGGUGGAGCAGCCAGGUUUGAGAGGUUUGAUUCAGGAGGUUGCUUCAACUGCGGAGAGAAAGGGCAUUUUGCAAGGGAGUGCCCUAACGUGAAGGCCUCAGCUUGAUAUAGUGGAAAGAAAGAGUAAUAGUACAUAUUCCUCUUUUUUCCUUUUUAUGUUUUUAUUUUGAUGUUUGAGGCCAUAUAUAAGGAUAUUUCAGUGUUCCAGUGCGUUUUCAGAGAGGAUUACCAUUUUUUAUACAUAAGAUUGAGUUAGGCUUUUGAUUUCACUUUCCUACUGAUGUUGAUGACUUAAUGACUUUGGGAGAAAAUUUUCAAUUGGGUGGUUCUUCCUUUCAAGUGUGAAUUAAUAUCUUCCAUAUUCUUUAUAUUCGCAUUUAGCAGAUGUGAUUUGAUGUUUUUCUUUGGUUUAAAACUGUGUUUAUCUUGUGUUAUUUUCUGUUGCAAACUAAGUGUCAGUUUGAUUUACCAUUUGGUAUCUCUUUUGGCUUGUCAUGGCUUAGUUGCUUGUUGCUUUGGUGGCCUUUCCCUCCAGAAUAUUAGGUGCUUGGUUUCAGACCCUGAAUUGCUGGGCAUGGGGUUUUUUUCCCUAAUAAACAGAUGGCUACCAA